AUGACUUGUGUACCAUUUUUACUGUACAUUAUAUAUAUUUCACAAUUUUCACAAUUUUCACUAUUUCACUAUUAACCAUAUUUUAUUUGGUAGUAACUGUUGUAUUAAGUGGGUGAAUUUUGGGUUGUUGAUAAAGCUACUGACUCAUUGUAAAUCAGUAGGGACCAUUGUUGAGACAUAUUUUUUAAGCAUAAUCACAUUUUUUUGCAUCCAGUUAUGUUGUCCACAUCUCGUUGUUCAAAGCAACUAUUAAAUUAUAGAUUAAUUAGACAAUUUCAUAAUUCUAAUAUUAAUUUAGAUGCCAUUGUUGUAUCAGGUACAAAGUUAGCUAAGACUAUACGUAGUCAAGUUGGUGAAAAAGUUAUACAAUACAAUCAAGCUCAUUAUGAAGAGUUUGCUCAUCUCCAAGAGAUUAGUUUUGAAAAAUUGAAAUUUAAACCUAAUUUAACUAUUAUUCAAGUUGGUAAUAGACCGGAUUCUUCAGCAUAUGUUAGAUCUAAAUUAAAGGCUGCUCAAGCUUCAAAUAUUCAAUCAAAAUUAAUUAAAUUUAAUGAUGAUAUUACUCAAGAAUCUUUAUUAGAAGAAAUUGAUAGAUUAAAUAAAGAUCCAAAAGUAAAUGGAUUAUUAAUUCAAUUACCACUUCCAAAACAUAUUGAUGAAACUUUAGUUACAAAUUCUGUUACAACUGAUAAAGAUGUUGAUGGAUUUGAUCGUUAUAAUGUUGGAGAAUUAUCAAAAAGAGGGGGUAAACCAGUAUUUAUGCCAUGUACUCCCAGUGGAGUUAUGGAAUUAAUUAAAACAACUGGAAUUUCUUUAAGAGGUAAAAAUGCCGUAGUUAUUGGUAGAUCUGAUAUAGUUGGAACUCCAGUAUCAGCUAUGUUAAAAAAUUCUGAUUGUACUGUAACAACUUGUCAUCGUCAUACUCAAGAUCUUCCUCAAAUAGUUAAACAAGCUGAUAUUGUUGUAGCAGCAGUUGGGAUUCCAGAAUAUGUUAAAGCUGAUUGGAUUAAACCAGGUGCCAUUGUUAUUGAUGUUGGUAUUAAUUAUAAAGAUGAUCCAACUGCUAAAAAUGGUAAAAGAUUAGUUGGUGAUGUUGAUUAUGAAUCAGUAUCUAAAGUGGCAGGAUUUGUUACUCCAGUUCCUGGUGGAGUUGGACCAAUGACUGUGGCUAUGUUAUGUUCAAAUGUUUAUGAUGCUGCCAUUAUACAAGCCAAUAAAGCUCAUAAACAUACUUUCCAACCAUUACCAUUAGAUUUACAAACUCCAGUUCCAUCUGAUAUUGCUAUUUCAAGAGCUCAAAAGCCAAAGAAAAUUACUAAGAUUGCUCAAGAAUUAGGUUUAUUAGAAAAGGAAUUAGAACCUUAUGGACAUUUUAAAGCUAAAGUUGAUCCUAAGACUGUUAUUGAAAGAUUAGAUGAACAAGUUGAAGGAGAUGCAGAAGAAAGAGGUCAUUAUGUAUUAGUGGCUGGUAUUACACCUACUCCAUUAGGUGAAGGUAAAUCUACUACCACUAUGGGAUUAACUCAAGCUCUUGGAGCUCAUUUAGGUUAUAAUUCAAUUGCAAAUGUUAGACAACCAUCAAUGGGUCCAACAUUUGGAGUUAAAGGUGGAGCUGCUGGAGGUGGUUAUUCUCAAGUUAUACCUAUGGAUGAAUUUAAUAUGCAUUUAACUGGUGAUAUUCAUGCUAUUUCUGCUGCUCAAAAUUUAUUAUGUGCAGCUGUUGAUACUAGAAUGUUUCAUGAAUCUACUUCUAAAUCUAUUUCAGGAUUUUAUAAAAGAUUGGUUCCAGCCAAGAAAGGAGUUAGAACAUUUACUCCAUCAAUGAUUAAGAGAUUAGAAAAAUUAGGUAUUACUAAGACAAAUCCUAAUGAUUUAACUAGUGAAGAAAUUGAAAAUUUUGCUAAAUUAAAUAUUGAUCCUAAUUCUGUUACAAUUAAGAGAGUAGUUGAUUGUAAUGAUAGAUUUGUUCGUGAAAUUACUAUUGGAGAAGGUAAGAAUGAAGCUGGUAAAUUUCCUCCUCGUAAGACUGGAAUGGAUAUUACUGUUGCAUCUGAAUUAAUGGCUAUUUUAGCUUUAUCAACUUCAUUAAAAGAUCUUAGACAAAGAGUUGGUAAAGUUGUAGUUGGAACUCAAAAGGAUACUGGAAUUGCUAUUACUGCUGAAGAUAUUGGAUGUGCUGGAGCAAUUACUGCUUUACUUAAAGAUGCUAUUAAACCAAAUUUAAUGCAAACUUUAGAAGGUACUCCAGUUUUCGUUCAUGCUGGACCAUUUGCUAACAUUUCUAUUGGAGCUUCAUCAGUUAUUGCUGAUAGAGUUGCAUUAAAAUUAACAUCUCCAUCUAAUCCAAUUAAUAGUGGAACUAGAGGAUUUGUAGUUACUGAAGCAGGAUUUGAUUUUACUAUGGGAGGUGAAAGAUUCUUUAAUAUUAAAUGUAGAAAUUCUGGUUAUAAACCUGAUACUGUUGUAUUAGUUGCAACUUCAAGAGCUUUGAAAUUACAUGGUGGAGCUCCUGAUGUUAAGCCAGGCCAAGCUUUACCUAAUGAAUAUGUUACUGAGAAUUUAGAAUACUUGGCUCAAGGUUGUGCAAACUUGAAGAAACAAAUUUCUAAUAUUAAGCAGUAUAAUGUUCCUGUUGUGGUUGCUAUUAAUCAAUUUGAAACUGAUACACCAGCUGAAAUUGAAUUAAUUCAAAAACAAGCACUUGCUGCUGGUGCUGAUUUUGCAGUUCCAUCUAAUCAUUGGGCUGAAGGAGGAGCAGGAGCUCUUGAAUUAGCUAAAUCAGUAGUUGAAGCAGUUAAGAGUGAUCAAGCUAAACAACCUCUUAAAUUCUUAUAUGAUGUUAAUUCAUCAGUUGAAAAUAAGAUUUUAACUAUUGCAAAAGAAAUGUAUGGAGCUGCAUCAAUUGAAUUAUCACCAUUAGCUAAACAACAAAUUGAAACUUAUACAAAACAAGGAUAUGAUAAAUUACCUAUUUGUAUUGCUAAAACUCAAUAUUCAUUAUCUCAUGAUCCAUCUUUAAAGGGAGUUCCAACGGGAUUUACUGUACCAAUUAGAGAAGUUAGAUGUUCAGCCGGGGCUGGAUAUUUAUAUGCACUUGCUGCAGAAAUCAUGACUAUUCCAGGGUUACCUACUCAUGCUGGGUUCAUGAAUGUUGAAGUCAAUGAUGACGGAGAGAUUGAGGGACUCUUUUAAUAAUAUAUAUUGCAUUGUACAUUAUUUAUAGACGGUUAAUAAAAUAAUAAACUAAGUAACUAACUAAGUAA